AUGUCAUGUCAUUCCACGACACGUGCACAGGAGGAUCCGUAUGCGUUCACGGAAUCGGCACCACUGCAAGCGAACUCAUUGGCGUACGCAAACCAUUCAAGUGCAGUUAGCAAUAGCACCAGUAGCAGCAACAGUAAUGCACCCACCUCGACCACCAUACAGACUGCAUCCUCCGGUGCGAGUCUGCUGCUUGCGACCAACUCUGCCGGAAACGUCACGUCCAUGUCCAAGGAUAAAGUCGUGAGCAUUUCUCCGCCAGUAGCCUCAUCAUCUCCGGCUACACUGAAAGUACGCUACAAUGGAGUCGUGACUACAGCUUCCCCGACCACCACGGCCGUGGUAAGGAGUGGACCAACCACGGUCGGUACACCGAUUCCAGUGUAUACGAAACCCGUGCAGAUAAGGCAACAGUCCCCACAGAGUGCCUUACCAGCACAAUCCCAACCAACGGUGACUGUGGGAAAAUUGAUCAAGAAGGUACUGCCGCAGCAGAAGACGACCCCCAUGAUAACGACCGUCGUUGCCAGUGGGGCCAAAAUAAUCUCACGCUUGCAACAACAAAACCAAAGCUUGCCGGGUGGGCAACAGCUGUCAACGACCGGCGGGUCUAUAUUGAAGUUUAUCAAAAUCCCUCCACAACAGCUGGCCAAAGGAACAACGGCUGGUGCUACCACUAUCCCACAAGGAAGCUUCAUACACGUAACCACUUCCGGCGAUGGGGCAAGAAAGUUGAUAGUAACUAAUAGCAGUAGCAGCAGCAACGGGGUAACUCCAACCAUUUCUGUUGCUACCACGAGUGGAGCGAGAAUAGCAAAUGUAGGAACGGCUGUUAAUCGCAAUGCGGGGGGUGUGACCGUAGUGUCUAAUGUAUCCGCCGUUACGCCGACAAAAAUUCGCUUGGUGCAACCGCAAGCACAAGGGAAAUUUUAUUUGCAAACAACAGCUAACAGUAGCACGGUGGGAACAGCAACCCACCUUUCCAAUCCCGUCACCAUAGCGACGCUGAGAAAUACGCUAAUCAAGCAGCAGCAGCCACCGCUGCAGCAACAAAAACCACAACCUGCUCAACAACAGCAGCAGCAACCGGUGCAGCAAAAGGUUUUACCGUCCCAGCAGCAACAACAAGCAUCGCCUACAGCGAAGCCGCAAACCACUUCCGCAUCUUUGCCGCCACAGCAGAAACAACAACAUAUACAGCAGCAACUUAUACAAAAGCAGCAAAAAUCGCAGCAAUUGAAACAACAGCAAAUUGUAGGCAACCAAUCACCGCAACAACUGCCCCAUACGUUGCCGAAAACAUCGCCCCAGCCUCUGCAGGCCAAACCGCCUACACCAUCAUUGCAAUCGCAAUCGUUACAAAAGGUGGAAAAUGUGGACAGCACACCGAAACUGCAGCAAAAACAGCAAACCCAAACAUCGGUUCAGCAGCAGCCGCAACUUGUUUCAAAGACACUGUUACAAUCUGCACCAAAUGGUCAGAAGCAAUCGUUACUGUUACAGCAACAACAACAACAACCUUCGAAACAAGCAUCGUCCAUUAUCGUACAGUCUGUACAACAAUCGCAAUCGCUACUAUUGCAACCCCAGCGAAAGCAGCCACAAUCUUUUGCAUCGGCCGGCAAUAAACAGCGGACCGUACCUCAACAACAGCCACCAAAACCUGCCACUACUUCCGUUGGCUCCAUGUCCUUGCUAACAUCUUCGCCAAUCACGGCAAACAAAGGCUCUAUAUUUGCGAAGGUUGUCGAUACCACUAGAGUAUCCGCCGUAUCGCCGAAGGAAGCUGAAAAGUCUAGCAAGAUGUCCCCUGCGGAAGGUGCACGUCGAUUCGUGAAUCAAAAAAGCUUGCUCGUAACUUCUAACGCUUCGACAAAGUCACCACAGUCUCGUGAUCAAUCCCCGUUGGUUAAUAGGGUUGAAAAGGUCAAUCGAGCACCAUCCGCUGUGGAUGAUCCGAAAGUGAUCUCUGCUGUAGCGAAAAAACGUUCAGAACUAGAAGUUGUUUCAGGUCCUGUCAACAUCGGUGGCGAAAUAGUGAGCGAAAUCAAAGCAACAGACCUACCCACUACACUGGAUAUUAAAACUAAUCUAACAAUAGAGGAACAAACGUUACCAGACAUUGUGAAUGGGAAAGUCCGUCAAAUGUCGGGUCGAAAAUCUGGUGCAACAGGCAAAACAGGUGGCAAACAGCAGAAAUCCGCUAAACGAACGCACAGCCAACAACAAUCGGAGGAACAGGAUCUGCUUCGAGAUUGCCAGUCUCCAGUGGCUACGGUGAUGACAAAUAUUGGAUCUUCUCCAUCGUGUACGACCAGUACGCCAAAUGCUCCAACAAGGGGCGCCCCAGGAAGCACACCCACUCCAUCGUUACUAUCCACCGUGAAGCUAGAAAAGGAGUUUGAAAUAAAACAAGAACAUGAGGAGCAGCAGGAUGAAAAACCACCGAGACUGCAGCGGUUCGUUGCGUCAACCACCGUACCGGGAGCAACGGCUGUCCCAAUCAAGCGUCCAAAGAUAAGGGAAUGGCAUGCGCCCGGUGCGUACAUGUUCGAUCUGAAAGAUCCGGGCGACGAAUCGGAUGACGAUGUGUACGACGAGUAUCCGAAUACGCUUUCCUUUUGGUACGAGGAAUCCAUUGCGAUCACCGUGCCGGAUAGUAUGUCAAGCUGGGGCAUAAAUCCGAUGCAUCGUAGCUCGUCGUCGAGCAGCAGCAGUGUCCGGGGUGGAAAAAACAAAGGCAAUAGGAGUGGGAACAGUUCGAAGUUUGAAAUACGCAUGCUAACGCGUGAUGAACGGUUGGAGCUCAGGAAGGCUUACUUGCAGCGCCGGAUCGUUCAGUGCAGGAAUGGACUGCGUUUGAGAAGUGCGGCAGCGUCCAUCGCCAAGAAGCGGCUAGAAUCGAUGGCUAGGGUGGUCGCAAAGGUGGACAAACGAAGGCAAACCGAACUAAAUAAAGCGAGUGAAAAGGAGACCUGCGUCUUCGAGGGUUGCAGUAACCCGGCCCUCGUAAUGACAUCGCACUGCUACGAUCACGUCACGGAGGAAUCGCAACAGUGUCUGUUUCAGCGCUGUACGGCAAAGUUUUCCGACAACAGCCAGUGCCGCGUACCGGUGUUUGACGUUAGCCAUGAGCUGAUCCUCUGCAAAGAGCACGCCUGGAAGCAUGACAAUCAUGAUAAGAUGUCGCAGGAGGUAAAGCUGCAUAAGAAACCGGUAACGAUGGUUACACCGGUGCCCGUUCCAGCGUCCCCAACAAUAGCUGCAAGAAAGAAAGCGAAACCCAUUCAAUCGCCGCCGGUAGUGGUGCGCUCACAAAAGCGGCCCAAAAAGAAGAAAAAACUAACGCCCUUGCAGCAGCAGAUGUUGCUGCAUCAGCAGCAGUACAAACAGCAGUUUGCGAUGCAUCAUACCCACCAUCAAACGAACCAGUCGAAUCAGCAACAGGCAAAACAGGCGACACCCGCUUCAAACCAACCGCCGAAGAAGGUGAUACAGUCGCAGCAAACGCAGCCGCAAAGAUCUUUACUCAAUACAUGGUCUGUUAACGGCAAAGUGCAGAUGCAGGUUAAGCAAGUAUCGCCCGUGCAAAAGGCAUCAGCAAUAGCACACCCUGGGCAGAGGUUAUCAAUGGCAAUGAUCAAUGGCAGUGAAAGCCCGUCGAAACCUGCGUUUAAUAGGAGUGUGUCACACACAGUGGGUUAUGUGAAUCGCAAUCUACACAUUCCUGCUGCCACUGGCAAUAACCGAACCGUUUCCGGUGCGAUGGGAUCCACUGCUCAUCGCUUACUACCUAACAAUUCGACCAUGGAAAUAGUGGAUUCGUUAGAGCUUGAUCACAAUCAGCAACAGCAGCCGCAGCAACAGCAGCCGCAACAACAGCAGCAGUACAGCAAUGGAUCGCAUCCAGUCCAAACGAUACACCAAUCCAAUACCUCGCCAAACACGCAAGAUCUUCUAACGAUAUGCGAGAAUAGUUCGGCUUACGCGAGUUCUGAAGAUACCGGUGUUGGUGGGUUAUCCGAAUCGGAACUCUUGGCAACACCGGACGUGAUAGAAGAGAUUAUACCAUUCGAGUUUAGCAACCUGCUCCAUCCGAAUGUCCUCAGUCAUUUGCCGCCGGACGCAUUAAAUGAGCUGCUCUAUCUCGGUGAUGUGCCGGCUGGCGAUGAUACGGGAGAUUCGCACGAGAGCUGCCCUCGGGAGGUGGAGGACGAUAUAGAGCGUGCCCUCGAGCAUGUGAAAUCGCUCGACGAUAUGACUGUGGAACCGAGCAGCUUGUUGGGCGAUUUUCUGGACAAUGUCGACGACGAAAUGUUGGACGGAUCUGAUAUAUGCAAUACGGAGCAAAUGCUCCAGUCGCCCAAUAAGGCGGGCGAUAUCAGAGGCAUGGUACAUACGUAA